UUUCACCCCUAACUGGAGGCUGCCACACUGUUCGCGUGUAUGUGUGCAUUGCGCAUUUCGUUGAUUUUAACAAAAUUUUAGCCUUCCAGCCGGCUGUGAUAGCCAAACCGUUGCCGUCACCGCACCGCAGAUCACGUGAGUCAACCGGGACAUGUACGCCACCAACAACGGUGGCACAAACAAGGCGCCAAACAGCAAUGCCAGCACGCUGUUCGAGAACACCAUAACCGUGACGCCAAUUAAGGUGGAGUUGGGCACAACGUAUGGCGCCGGAAAGCCACCCACACCGGCGCUACAACGAAGGACGCCCAAUGCCGUGGUGGUGACCACUAGUAAUCCGCAACAACAGCAGCAGCAGCAGCAGCAACAACAGCAUCAAACUGGUGCCGGAACCACCACUCUGAACCUGCCCAUGCAAGCCACCCUGGUCUCGAAUGCCUGCACCAUAAUGAAUCCCAGCCUGAGUGUGACUGUGAAUACCACCACCACUGGAGCCCUGGCCAAGGAACCGAAGGGUAAAGCAGCGCGGGCGCAGGUGGUACGGAAACCGCCGCCUACCAUCGACAACUUCUGGCCGAAUAUCGUGAACGAGGUGCAUGCAAUCGGGCAAGUGGACGCCAAGCAUCAAGUCUUGCCACUGGCGCGGAUCAAGAAGAUAAUGAAGCUGGACGAGAAUGCCAAGAUGAUAGCGGGCGAGGCGCCGCUGCUGUUUGCCAAGGCGUGCGAAUACUUCAUCCAGGAGCUGACGAUGCACGCGUGGGUGCACACCGAGGAGAGCAGACGUCGCACGCUCCAGAGAUCGGACAUUGCCCAGGCGAUCGCCAAUUAUGAUCAGUUCGACUUCCUUAUUGACAUUGUGCCGCGCGAGGAGAUCAAGCCGUCGUCGGCGCAGAAGAGCAAGGAUGCGGGUGGAUCGAGUACGUCGAGCGGGAGUGCCACAGGAGUUACCUCAUCCACGUCGUCCGGCACCAGUGCCGGCGGUGUCGUCAGUUCUUCCGUCAAUGCAUCUGCAGCUUCGGUCACGGGAUCGGCUGGAGCCGCUGGGAAUUUCGUGGUCGGAGCCACUGCUGUACCUGCUGCCAAGAUGGAUACGGGUGGAGGAGCCACCGCUACAGAGGUACUAGGCUUUAGCACGGUCACGCCGGACCUGUUCGCCACGCAACUGCAGCAGCAGCAGCAGCAGCACGUCGCCCAGCAGCAACAGCAGCAACAACAACAGCAGCAGGCGCAUCCACAACAAGUGCAAAUAAUCCAGCAGGCCGGACACGGCGGCGCCCAGCAAUUGCAGUACUUUAUUGCGCUGCCGGGCCAGCAGACGGCACAGCCGGCCCAGAAUCAUCUGGCCAAUAGUCUGGGCCUCAACAUUGUGGCCGCCCAACAGCCCGCCCAGCAGCUGAUCCUCACCGCGGGCCCCAACGGCCAGCUAACUGCCACCCCAGCCCCCGCGGCCACGGUGCAGCAACAACAGACGGCCCUGCUCCAGAAUCUCGCCCAGCAGCAGCAACAGCAACAGCAGGCCCAGCAGCAACAGCAGCAGAUCCAAUUGCUCCAGCAGGUGGUCACUCCCACGGGGGAACUGACCAAUGUCCCGAUUGCAAUCAAUGCCAACCACUUGCAUCUGCUCCGGUUGCAGAUGCAGCAACAACAACAGCAGCAACAGCAACAACAGCAGCAGCAACAACAACAGCAGGUGAUAAUACCGACACAGUUGCUGACGGCACAACAGAUACUCCAAUUGGGCGGAGCACCCGCUACCGUUGGACAGCAGCAGGCGCAGGUUCAAGUCCAGCAGCAGCAGCCACAGGUGCAAGUUCAAGUCCAACAGCAGCAUCCAAAUCUCAGUCAGGGCAAUGCCAGUGCCACGCCCAUUUUUAUAAAUUCAACAGCGACACAGCAAGUGGCGCAACAGCAGGCGCAGCAACAGCAACAACAACAACAACAGGCGCAACAGCAACAACAACAACAACAACAACAGCAGCAGCAACAACAACAACAACAGAGCAACAUGGCCGGGGAAAGGACACUAACCGGAGGAUUUCGGUAAAAGGAGCUCGCGCUGAGCGUGCACUGGUCGUGCAAUGGUAACCAUAUCGAGGCAUGGGUGGGAAAGGUCCAGCACAAUUUGUAUAAUAUAUAGUUUACGUUUGUAUAUCGGAAAGAAGAUUAUAUAUAUAGUUAGUGCUGUAAGUGUAGAAACGA